CAAAUUAAGGCACGCAAUCAGAGAACCGUCAGUUCAGAGGUCCUGCACUUYAGUAAAGAACUACUUGCGAUCAUGGCUGUUUUCUCAUUCAAGCUCGUCAUCCUUGUUGCUGUCUUUAUCGGACAGACUACCGUUUCUCAUCAGUCCAACUAUUGCGGGUUUCCAAAAGAGUGUUCGUCUCCCAGAUCCAAAGCUCAUKCCCCAAACUGGAARCAAUGUGUCUGGAAAAACACCAACGAUGGCAGAGAUAACGGAGAARUUCAUGAAUGCCUCUUUUACAAACAACGAGCCGAUUCGUACCUCAGGGUGGCCUAUCAAGGCAACMUUCGAGUUUACUGCGGCAAUGCUUGCUGUAAACGAUGGUUCUUUACCUUCAACAAGGUGGAAUGCUCAACACCAGCGCCUAUUGAUGCCGUAGUUUAUCAAAACAUAACCCCUGCUGGACCGAGCGCCAAUAUUCACCGUUCUGCUACCCAGGAGGGGUACUGUGGAGGCAUUGGUAAAGGGAUCGUUAGGGUGGGGUUCUCGGUAGGUAACUGUGCU